AUGUCAUCUCAUAAGACUUUCAGGAUCAAGAGAUCCCUGGCCAAGAAACAGAAGCAGAACCGGCCCAUUCCCCAAUGGAUUCGAAUGAAAACCAGUAAUAAGAUCAGGUACAGCUCCAAAAGAAGACACUGGAGAAGAACCAAGCUGGGUCUGUCAGGAGCCCCGAGGAAUGGCACGCACGGCCGCAUUUGCCCAGGCUCAAAUCAUGUUGAGUUGCAUUAA